AUGAGCGGGGACUCGGAGCCCGUCGGAUCCGACCGACCCCCGUCGGCCUCGACUCUCGUCGAGCCUGGCAUCAACGGAGGCACAGAUGUCUCUCAAACCAGGCCGCGGCAGGCGGAUGAGGCGGUCGCGAUGAAGAUUCAGCGGCUCUUCAUCUACCCUGUCAAGUCGAUGCUGCCCGUCGAGGUGUCCAUGGCCGAGAUCACGAGUGAGGGCCUGCGCUUCGACCGCCAGUAUGUCCUCAUCAAGGCGCCACCUGGACUCGAAGAGGACGCGGUCGCGGAGCACCUCACCAUCAAGACGACGUUCCGCAUGUGUCUCUUCCAGCCUUCGAUCAGUGACGACUGGUCCCGUCUCACCAUCACACAUACACUAGCCCAGCCACAGACGUCCAUCACCAUACCCCUUACACCAUCGCCACUCUCCUGCGUCCAGUCCAGAACCUAUCAAGUCAGCAUCUUCGGCACCAGAGCCCCCGGCGUAGACAUGGGAGACGGCCCCGCUGCCUUUUUCAGCAAGCACCUGGACAUGCCUGUCAAGCUGCUGUACAUAGCGGGCGACGGGAGCCGCGACAUCCCUGGCGCCUCGGGUCUGAAGCAGCCUCACAUAUCCUUCAAGGCGAAACAGGCCGGCGAGAACGGCAAGUCUACCAUUCAACGCAUCCGCUUUGCAGAUGCAUCGCCACUCCUCGUGACGUCGACAGCCUCGGCCGCCGACGCAUUGUCCCGGCUUCCCGCGGAUGUGCGCAACCAAGACGUAAUUAUCCGGCUCCGCCCAAACAUACACAUCGACGUUGGCCCAGGUGUCCAGGCCUGGGAUGAAGAUGAUUGGGGGAAACUCUUUAUCUCGUCGCCAGGCUCAGAUCUUCACAAAGCCACUAUCCGUUGCAUAUUCCGAACUCCGCGCUGCCUGAGCCUGAAUGUGGAUCUCAAGACCGGCAAAGCAGCGCCGCGAGAUCAGCAGUUGUACGGCCUACUCGCCAAGGACAGGCGGGUAAAUAGUGCCAUCCCCCACAAGCCGGUGUUCGGGCAGUACGCCACCGCCGGCCCAAUCGGCGCGAUCCUCCGCGUCGGAGACGAAGUUCGAGUUGUCCAGAGAGUUCCCCCACAGGAGUCUGACAUUGGAUGA